AUUUGUUGCAAAACGUGGUCACAACAAAAGUAAAAAAACAGCAACAACAAAAGGGUAAGAAAAAGCGUUGAGUUGAAGAACCAAAGAAGCAAAGAAAGAAACACAGCAACAACACAACACAACCAUGAUUUCUCAGUUCUUCGUCCUUUCCCAAAGAGGCGACAACAUCGUCUUCCGCGACUGUCUCUGUUCAUUCCAAUUCAAUCUCUCACCAUCCAUUUUUCAUCAUUCUCAAAACUCAUCACUAAUUUUUACUCCCUUAACUGCAGAUCGCGGUGAAGUACAGAAGGGAAGCGCAGAAACAUUUUUCCGAAAAGUCAAGUUCUGGAAAGAGGACGCUGAUGGUGAUGCUCCACCUGUUUUUAAUGUGGAUGGUGUGAACUACUUCCAUGUUAAGGUUGCUGGAUUGUUGUUUGUUGCUACUACAAGAGUUAAUGUUUCGCCUUCUGUUGUUUUGGAACUUUUGCAAAGAACUGCACGGGUUAUUAAAGAUUACCUUGGGGUUCUUAAUGAGGAUUCUUUUAGGAAGAAUUUUGUGCUUGUGUAUGAACUGCUUGAUGAAAUGAUUGAUUUUGGUUAUGUGCAAACGACGUCUACGGAGGUUUUGAAGUCGUAUGUUUUCAAUGAGCCGAUUGUGAUUGAGAAUGCACAUAUGCCCGUUGGUCCCGCUUCCAUUUUUAUGCACGGGAGCAAGAGAAUGCCGGGUACGGCUAUUACGAAAUCUGUGGUUGCUAAUGAACCUGGUGGUAGGAAGAGGGAUGAGAUCUUUGUUGAUGUAAUUGAGAAAAUUAGUCUCACAUUCAAUUCUAGUGGAUAUAUACUUACUAGUGAGAUUGAUGGCACCAUUCAAAUGAAGAGUUAUCUUACUGGUAACCCAGAGAUUAAACUUGCUCUCAAUGAGGACCUGAGUAUCGGAACAAGUGAUUAUAGAGGUUCUGGUGCUGUGAUUUUAGACGAUUGUAACUUUCACGAAUCUGUACACCUUGAUAGUUUUGAUGUUGACCGAACUUUAUCUUUGGUACCACCAGAUGGUGAAUUUCCUGUCAUGAAUUAUCGUAUAACUCAAGCAUUUAAGCCACCCUUUCGUAUUAAUACGUUGAUUGAAGAAACAGGACCACUCAAGGCUGAAGUCACCAUUAAAGUGCGAGCUGAAUUCAACUCAAGCAUCAAUGCUAACACUGUUCUUGUACAGAUGCCCCUUCCUACAUUUACUGCUCGUGUUAACUUUGAGUUAGAACCUGGAGCGGUUGGACACACAACUGAUUUCAAGGAAGCAAAUAAAAGACUGGAAUGGGGAAUAAAAAAGGUUGUUGGUGGAUCUGAACAUACUUUACGAGCAAAGCUGACGUUUUCGCAGGAAUUACAUGGAAAUAUCAUGAAAGAAGCAGGGCCUCUUAGCAUGACAUUCACUAUACCUAUGUACAACUCUUCAAGGCUUCAGGUGAAGUACUUGCAGAUAGCAAAGAAGUCGAAAAGUCAUAAUCCAUAUCGAUGGGUUAGAUAUGUAACCCAAGCAAACUCAUACGUUGCCCGGUUGUAAUCCUAGUAUCUGCAAAAGCUAAAUUCUGAAUGUUUUCCAAGUCAUGGAUGUUAUUGUGUGCUGAAUAAUUCCAGGAAAAUUACUUGUAGUGUUUUUACUUUUUGGUAAUUUAGAAUUGACGAUGGUUAUCAAUUGCAUUAGUGGUGCAUUUUAGGAAUAAGACCAAAAUGAGAUGUUCUAAAGUUGAAUUAAUAAUCUAAUGCUUCUUUGUUUA